AUGAUUCAAAGUAUGUUCGUUGUGAAUCUUUCUGGUGAGGUGUGUCUUGAAAAACACUGGGUUAGAGUUACGUCUAAAACCGUUUGUGAUGCCGUCUCCGAGGCAUCCGUUGAAGCCACCACUACACAACAGCCUCCUCCGGUCACCGAAGUGUCGAAUGCCAACUUAUGCCACAUCAUAAAGAAUGAUUUAUUUUUUGUUGCUGUCUUUGUGAACGAAAUACUUUGGUACAAUUUCGGAAACCGCAAUUCUAAGUCUACGAACUUUUCGGACGAGCCGUACAAAUCCAAGAUUUUAGACGAAAUGCUUGAUGGUGGAUUUCCUCUGGCUACGGAGCCCAACAUUUUACGAGAAAUCGUACGACCUCCAAACCUGCUGAAAACACUUACAGACGCUAUGGUUGGCAAAAACUCAAUGGUUAGUUCAGUACUACCUGCCUGUCAGUUGUCCAAUGUUCGAUGGAGACGUAGUGGCGUGAAAUAUACAAACAAUGAGUUAUAUUUCGACAUGAUUGAGACCAUCGAAGGGAUGAGACUCUUCGCUGUUGGCGCGGAUACGGGCUUUGGUUCGGGUGUACCAGAUCUGACUUUGGCAUUUUCCAAUCAUCGUCUGAUUGAUGACGCCAGUCUCCAUCCUUGUGUACGAUUUUUGCGCUGGAAACGGGAACGGGUUUUGUCGUUCAUACCACCGGAUGGGCAUUUUUGCCUCAUGAACUAUGAGCGAAGUUCACUGAUCGCUGCCAAACUCAUAUUGCAUACAAGGUAA